GAGGCCAUGGCUGCUUCCAGUGAUAGCAAUGCAUUUGGCCGCAAGACGGCUACAGCGUGCCUGGCGCGAGAGUUGGUUGAAGCAGACAAAGCCAUCUGCUAUCAUUGAAGAAGGUAAGGCACCUGCAACACCACCAGUGACUCCUGCACCACGGAAGAACCUCGCUCAAGCAGCUCUGCGUCGUCGCCACAUUGAACACCUGAGGCGCCGCAUGAUCCUGCCUCGUGAUUGCGCUACGGACGCGGCCUAUCCUGUGUACGAGAGCUUCGAGGCGUUUUGUUUGGCUUUGUUGCAAGGCUGGUGGCGGUCCAAAAUCUGCUUGUGGAGAGUUCAUCGAGUGCAAAACUACAUGUGUCGAAAGCUGUAUCAGGUUGCUGCUUUUGAAAUCCAGCAGGCAUGGCGCCUUUUUGAGCAACGGCUCCGUUCAAGGAGUUUGGACCAAAGCAGCUGGACGGAGCAAGAGCAGUUGGUACACUAUGCAAAGUUGUUGGCAGAGGCUGCGCGCAAGAUUCAACGUAGCUGGCGGGGCCAGAGAGACAAGAGUGUCUUCAUGACCCUCCGUGAUACGAUCGCCAUGUUUCGACGCUCAGGAGAUCCUCACCUACUUCUUCGAGCUGUGUUGCCUCGUGAGUCCUGUCUGCUGGACCCUGCGAUGCAGGUGCAUGUGCGCUUCCGCUUAGGUGGGCCCAGAUUUCCACCAACGAUCUUCUACAAGAUCUACACCCACGGCAAUGUGGUUGAUCUUGGCUCUUUUGCCCCAAGGGAGUACUAUCUGGAGCGCUUGAGUCAAGAACAGGGUAACAUUUUACCAGGUGAUUUGGGCUGGUAUACGCGAGUUGAGAACAACGGUUGGCGGCCACUGGCAGUGCGCUUUGCCUCAGAAGGCUUGGUGGACAAGGAGGUGGAGAAGUUCACCGCCCGACGCCCUCAAAACUUCCACUACUCCAAGCUGAGGCGGCGCCAGGAGCAAGAAAUCAAACGUCGUCGGCGAAAGAUUGAAUGGUUCCAGAAGCUCUAUGGCAUGAGCGAGUCAAUGUCACCUCAGGACAUUCCAUUGGACGUUUUACCGGAAACGGCCUUUGGACAAGAUGAAUUCUCUCCAAGGGAUAUAGGAGACCUGGAUGAGGAUGAUAUGCUGUUGGAUUGGAGCAGGAAAGUGGACUUCGAUGCAUACAUGGAGUCUUGGCGGGCUAUAGCAACGACUGAUGGCAGUGAGGGAAGCCUUCCGAUUACCAUGCGGUUGUCUCCUGUGGCUUUCGAAGUUCCUGCUUGAGAUUUACACACAAAAACAGCUGCAAGGGCUGUGAGAGCUGCAAGAGAACUGAACUUGCAGCUCGUCAAAGGACAUCCAAAGGAUGUCCCAAGGAUAUCCAAAGUUGAAAGUAUAGUCAAGGUAUAUGGAGCUCAAAAAUAGGCUUCAGACCUUGAGAACUUUCGUUGGACUUCCAAAAGUAUCUGUUUACGCAUGCAGAGAUGGGGACACACUUUACCGUAUCAUGACUAGCGAAAGC